AUGGAUGGUGGACUUCCCAGUGUGGAGAGACCAUGGGAUCCCUCUGACUCUGAGCAACCCCGUGCUUUGGGGGAUGGGGCCGGGGUUCAGGAAGAAAAUAAUUUUUGUUGUCCUGGAUGUGGGGAAAGUUUUCACAAUCAACUAUGUUUUUUUGUAGAUCAAAGAGAUCACAAGGGUGAGAAGCCGCAACCCUGCCUUGAGUGCGGGAAAUGUUUUUCAGAUAAGAGCAGUAGUUCCACGCAUCAGACAUUACACACAGGCAGGAAGUCAUAUUCCUGUCCUGAGUGUGGAAAAAGUUUUACACACAAAUCAGACCUUGUUAUACAUCAGAGAUCUCACACAGGUGAGAAGCCGUAUUCCUGCCCUGAGUGUGGGAAAUGUUUUUCACAGAAGUCCGUACUUAACAGACAUCGGAGAAUCCACACAGGUGAGAGGCAGUAUUCCUGUCUUGAGUGUGGGAAAUCUUUUUCGUGGAAAUCCAAUCUUAUUGAACAUCAGAUAUGCCACUCGCAGGAAAAGCUAUUUUCCUGCCCUGAGUGCGGGAAAUGCUUUUCAAGGAAAUCUGCACUUGUCAGACAUAAAAAAUCUCACACAGGUGAGAAGCCGUACUCCUGUUCUGCGUGCGGGAAAUGUUUUUCUGAAAGGAGCAGCUUUACCAGACAUCGGAGAUUACACAUGGACAAAAAGCCACAUUCCUGCCCUGAGUGUGGAAAAGGUUAUUCACAUAAAUCAGACCUCGUUAUACACCAAAGAUCUCACACGGGGGAGAAACCAUAUUCCUGCCCUGAGUGCGGGAAAUGUUUUUCACAGAAGUUCAUUCUUACCAGACAUCAGAGGUCGCACAUGGAUGAGAAGCCGUAUUCCUGUCCUGAGUGUGGAAAAUGUUUUUCGUGGAAAUCAAAUCUUAUUGAACAUCAGAUAUGCCAUACGCGGGAAAAGCUCUUUCCCUGCCCUGAGUGCGGAAAAUGUUUUCCAAGGAAGUCAGCACUUGUCAGACAUCAAAAAUUUCAUGCCGGGGACAGGCCAUAUUCCUGUCCAGAGUGCACAAAAUGUUACUCACAGAAAUCAGACCUAAUUGUACAUCAAAGAUCUCACACGGGGGAGAAGCCGUAUUGCUGCCCUGAGUGUGGGAAAUGUUUUUCACUGAAGUCUUGUCUUACCAAACAUCAGAGAACCCACACAACCCUCGAGGUGUCCCGAGUGCGGUGUGGGAAAAGUUUUAGCUCACAGGCCCAUCUUUCAAGACAUCAGACAUCUCACAUGGACGAAAAGCCAUAUCUCUGCCCUGAGUGCGGGAAAUGUUAUCAACAGAAAUCAGAACUUGUUAUACAUGAAAGAUCUCACACAGGGGAAAGGCCGUAUUCCUGCCUUAAGUGUGGGAAAUGUUAUUCACGGAAAACAGAUCUUGUUAGACAUCAGAGAUCUCACACAGGAGAAAAGCCAUAUUCCUGCCCCGAGUGCGGAAAAUGUUUUACAUCAAAAUCAGAUCUUGGUAGACAUCAAAGAUGUCACACAGGAGAGAAGCCGUAUUCCUGCCCCGAGUGUGGAAAAUGUUUUUCACAGAGCCCCAUUCUUACCAGACAUCUUAGAUUGCACACAGGGGAGAAGCCGUUUUCCUGCCCUGAUUGUGGAAAAGGUUUCUCACAAAAGUGUUAUCUUACCAAACAUCAGAGAUCCCACACAACCCUCGAGGUGUAUUAG